GCAGCUUUUUCCGCCUCCUGGGAGGGUGAGAAGGGCCGGGCUGGCGGAGUGGGGCUGCGGUUUUCCCGGAGCGGGAGACCCUUCCCUGAAUCCGGCACCGGAACGUCUCGCCCUCUCGUGGCACCUGUUGCAGGUGACAGGCAAAUCUGGUGACCUGGUAGAUUUGAAGAAAGAAGAGUAGAAGGAAAAACUAGGACAAGUCAUGUCGGAGAUACUUGAUCUCUCUUUUCUGUCUGAGGUGGAAAGGGAUUUGAUCCUCAGUGUUCUACAACGAGAUGAGGAACUCAGAAAAGCAGAUGAGAAAAGGAUUAGGCGACUGAAGAACGAGUUACUGGAGAUAAAAAGGAAAGGGGCCAAAAGGGGCAGCCAGCACUAUAGCGAUCGGACCUGCGCCCGGUGCCAGGAGAGCCUGGGCCGCUUGACUCCCAAGACCAACACUUGUUGGGGUUGUAAUCAUCUGGUGUGUCGGGACUGCCGCAUUCAGGAAAGCAAUGGUACCUGGAGGUGCAAGGUGUGCGCCAAGGAAAUAGAGCUGAAGAAAGCAACUGGAGACUGGUUUUAUGACCACAGAGUGAACCGCUUUGCUUACCACACCGGCAGUGAGAUAAUCAGGAUGUCCCUGCGCCGCAAGCCUGCAGUGAAUAAAAGAGAGACAGUGGAACAGUCUCUUCUUCAUCAGUCACAGUUGGGUGAUAUCUGGCCAGGAAGAAAGAUCAUUCAGGAGCAACAGAAGGAGCCAAGCAUGUCAUUUGAAGUGCCCAAGCUGAAAAGUGGAAAGAGUGCACUGGAAGCUGAGAGUGAGAGCCUGGAUAGCUAUACAGCUGACUCGGAUAGCGUGUCCAGGAGAGAUUCUCUGGAUAAAUCUGGCCUCUUUCCAGAAUGGAAGAAGAUGUCUGCCCCCAAACCUCAAGUAGAAAAGGAAGCUCAGCCUAGGGGUCAAAAUGUGGUAUCUGUGGACGAGGGUGAAAUGAUAUUCAAGAAGAACACCAGAAAAAUCCUCAGGCCUUCAGAAUAUACUAAGUCUGUGAUUGAUCUUCGCCCGGAAGAUGUGGGGCAUGAAAGUGGCGCCUUGGGAGACAGGAGCAAAUCUGUCCCAGGCCUCAGUGUGGAUAUGGAAGAGGAAGAAGAAGAAGACAUUGACCACCUGGUGAAGUUGCAUCGUCAGAAGCUAGCCAGAAGCAGCCUGAGAAGUGGUUCCUCCAUGAGUACGAUUGGCAGCAUGAUGAGCAUCUAUAGUGAAGCUGGUGAUUUCGGGAACAUCUUUGUGACCGGAAAGAUUGCCUUUUCUCUGAAGUACGAGCAGCAAACACAGGCUCUGGUCAUUCACGUGAAGGAGUGCCAACAGUUGGCCUUCGCUGAUGAAGCCAAGAAGCGCUCAAAUCCAUAUGUGAAGGCUUAUCUUCUGCCAGACAAAUCCCGCCAAGGAAAAAGAAAAACCAGCAUCAAGCAGGACACUAUUAAUCCGUUAUAUGAUGAGAUCCUCAGAUAUGAAAUCCCAGAAUCUCUGUUGGCCCAGAGGACUUUGCAAUUCUCGGUGUGGCAUCACGGUCGUUUUGGCAGAAACACUUUUCUUGGAGAGGCAGAGGUCCAGAUGGAUUCCUGGAAGCUUGAUAAGAAACUGGAUCAUUGUCUCCCCUUACAUGGAAAGAUCAGUGCUGAGUCCUCGACUAGCUUGCCAGCACACAAAGGCGAGUUGGUGGUUUCAUUGAAAUAUAUCCCAGCCUCCAAACUCCCCGUUGGAAGUGACCGGAAAAAGAGUAAAGGUGGGGAAGGGGGAGAGCUCCAGGUGUGGAUCAAAGAAGCCAAGAACCUCACAGCUGCCAAAUUAGGAGGGACUUCAGACAGCUUUGUAAAAGGAUACCUCCUUCCCAUGAGGAACAAGGCCAGUAAGCGUAAAACUCCUGUGGUGAAGAAGACCCUGAAUCCCCACUAUAACCAUACAUUUGUCUACAAUGGUGUGAGGCUGGAAGAUCUCCAACACAUGUGCCUGGAACUGACUGUGUGGGACCGGGAGCCCCUGGCCAGCAAUGACUUCCUGGGUGGGGUCAGGCUGAGUGUCGGCACAGGGAUCAGUAACGGGGAAGUGGUGGACUGGAUGGACUCAACUGGGGAAGAAGUGAGCCUGUGGCAGAAGAUGCGACAGUACCCAGGGUCUUGGGCCGAAGGGACUCUGCAACUCCGUUCCUCAAUGGCCAAGCAGAAGCUGGGCUUGUGAGCCCUGUCCUGCUCUGCAGGUCCAUCCCUGUCCAGGGCAAGUCAGAGGAAGCGAAGAAACCAAGGGUGAAGAUUUAUAAUUUGUGUGUGUGUGUGUGAUGUAUGUGUGUGUAUAUAAAUGUGUAUUUCUACAGCCCUCAUUAUGCUAGAGUGAUGUAGACUUCCCCGUUUUAAAGCAGGCUCAAGAAUAAGGGUCUCUUCAAAAUAUUUUUAGUUGUGCAUUAACUACUAUAUAUUUUCAGAAUCCUGGAUUCUUAUAUCUUUAUGAGAUUUCAUUUAUCUUUUAAAAUAACUUGUUAAUCACCUGUCUUGCUAUCCUGGUUCCUCCUUCCAUAGGAAGCCCUGGCUGCCUUUGGCACUUGUACUGGUCUGUGUUUCAGGGUAUGCCUGGUCUGAGGCCAGGGCUCUGGGAAGCAGGGGUGGUUUACUAAAGACAGAAGAAGACUGGAGAGAGGUGCCUGGGUCCCUUCUCUCUUCUCCACUUUAUGCUUUUCACUCCAUUUCCACCUUGACACAUUUCUGAAACUUAGCUUUUAACUCUUGUUUGGAGCAGUUUCCGCCUUGCUUGAGUCUAACAGUUUUCCUGGAAAUGCUAAGAAGAAGUCUAAGUUGCUUCCAGUUCUGAACACCUUCCCUAGACCUCUGCAGGACCCUUGUGAUAGAGUUGCUUUAGAAGAGCACUUUAGUUAGAUAAUGGCCUUUGGACUAGGUCACAGGCAUGCCCAGUACAGGCUUUUCAGUGGUUCCCGAGGACCAGCAAUGGAGGAUCUCUCAGCCCGUGCUGAUUCUUUGCAUUUUAAACUGAUAUAGCAGUUGUUAGAAAGCUCCUAAUGGAAUAAAAGACAUUUUCGCUCUCACA